AUGUUCUUGAUGCCAACACCCAAUAAUGAGGAAGGGACAGAACAAAGGCCGCUUCUCUUGCCAAGUGACCUCUGUUCACUGAAUGUGUUUGAAACCAUCUGCGAAUUCAUCUACCCGGAAUCUGUAGGUAUUUUUCCUAAAAUAACGGCCAAAGAUAUAGCAAGCUGGGAGCCAGUUCUUGCAGCAGCUUCGGCACUUCAGAUGGAUGGUACAAUACGAUACAUUUUACAAAAACUUGUCGAGGAUUCUUCCCAGCUUCUCCGGUCUGACGCUGCGAGGUUUAUGCGUCUCAUUGCAGAUCACGACACUCUUCCUCUCUCUCAACUGGCCACGAACCUAGUGGGACCACUCUGUGUUUUUGCUUUUAGGCGCCAACCUAUCUCUCCAAAGGAGUUCUCUAUUUUGGGUGAGAAGAUGUCUGCUUUGGCCUACCAUACUCGGGAAAAUGUGCGUGACUGCUUCCUGGUCGAUCAGGUCAAGUUGAUCGGCAGCAUUCAAACAGACGCAGCAUGCGGACAGAAGGAGAGUUGUAGGAAAGCCAUUUUUCAACAGAUUCUGGGGAACAUGGUAAACAAGUCGAACGAUACAUCGCAUACAAAUAACGAUCAGUCCGAUAUAUUUCGGAUUACCUUUGAACAAGGGAUUUGUUCUAUUUGCUGCCCACAACGUUCGAAACUCGCACAUGCACUCAUGUUUAACAUGGUAGAAGGAGUAGUCAAGAAGACGUACUUGGAAAUGGUGUCGACAUGGGAAGGAAGAGACUUAAAGCUGGAAAGUGAAUCAGGACUCAGCGGCGAACAGAAUCGGCCGCCGACUUUUGCUUAA